AUGCGCCCGGCGCACCGGGGCUUCCCGAGACUGGGCACGGAGCGGCCCUUCGGUAAAUUGAAAGUAUUAAGAGGCGGCGCCGCGAGGCACUCCGGCGGAGAGGUGGUGGCGCUCGGGCGCCUUAACAUUCCUCGUUCGCCCUCGGCAGCGCGCGUGGACGCGGCGCGCGACUCUUUACGGCCCGCGCCGCGGGGAGGGCUGCCACGCUCGCCUCAUUUGCAUGAUGGCGAAUCAUCAAUUGCACUCAACAUAACUUUAAAUGUUGUCUGUGUUUCUGAAGAUAUAUCUGCUGGAAUGCUUACUAAAAAUUUUGUUCGCUCCCACAAUAAACUAAACCUCUCCUCUAGUCAGCUGGGCACAAUCGGCAUCCCCACUGGGCUAGUGGACCUCAGUCCAGACCUGGCGGUGGUGCAGGAAGGCAGCUUGUGCUUGGCGGGCACCAGCCUCUUGGCGCGCACGCUGCUGGUGGUGCCGCUGGCGCGCGCGCUGCCCGCGUGGUCGCUGCCGGCGCGCGUGUUCGGCGCUGACAUCUGGGCGGCGCUGCUGGGCUCGGUGGCGGCGUACGCGCUGGCGUGGCGCGUGGUGGCGGGCGAGUCGCUGGCCGCCAGCGCCGCCUGCGUCCUGCUCACCUCCGCCGUCGUCACAGCCAGCGUGUACCAGGGCGACGCGAGCGACCUGCUGGCGGCGGCGGCUCCGGGGCUGUUGGCCGCGCGCGCGCUGGGCCUGGCCACGGUCCGCGUGCGCGCCGGCCGCUUCCAGUACUGCGCCGCCUCCGCCGCGCACGCCGCCGCCCUCGCCCUCGCCACCACCGCCGCCAUCGCGUACAUCACCUUCUGCGAGAACCAGCAGAUUUCCUUCUGGAUUAACGGCGAGUGGCAUGGAGUAAAUAAUCAACUAUGA